GUAUAGCAACUUUCUUAUAAAAUCAAAAAGCUCUAAACUCAAUCACAAGUAGAGAGGAAAAGGAAUAUCAAUCCAACAGGGAAUAACAAUGGCAUCUCUUCCACGUUACCUCUUCCUUUCUCUUCUUCUUCUUCAUUCUCUUCUCUUCUCCAUUGUCAAAUCUGAUGAUGAGGAAGACAACCUUCUUAAAGGUAUUAACAGUUACAGGGCAUCCCUAAACUUGACAACUCUGAAGGAGAAUGACAAAGCAAAAUGCCUUGCUGAUGAAAUAGCUGACCAAUUCAAAGAUCAACCAUGUACAAACACAACAGGUGCCAAUACUGUACCCGGCACUGAACCUCAGUUCUCUGAAUAUCCUAAACUUCUAUCCAAAUGCAAAUUGAACGCCACAACCACCAGAGAUGGAAUGAUAAUGCCUGCUUGUGUUCCCAACCUUGUCCCGGACCUUGUUCUUUCCAACUAUACAAAGUCCCAGUAUUCUAAUUCUCUCAAUGAUACCAAGUUUACUGGUGUCGGAAUUGGUUCUGAUGAUAACUGGGUUGUUGUAGUUUUGACCACAAGCAACCCAGAGGGAAGCUUUACGCCUGAUACUAGUUCAUCGAACCUAGUUUUCCAGCUUGGUCUAAUCUCUCAUGCAGUCAUUCUGCUCAUGGCAUUUUUCCUCUUACUGUGAAAAUGUUGAACCUUUACACUUUUUUGUAGUUUCGUAUACCAGUACCUGAUUUUGUUAGCUGGUGAUUUGUGAUAGUGUAAUUGAAAGAGGGAGAUUAUCAGCUGCUAUCCCUACAGAGAAUGUACUUUGAAAGACUACAAAACCUUUUGGCACAAACGCAUUUCCUUGUCUCAUUUACUUUUUAUAUUGUACUUUGAAAUAUUGCAGCUUUCGUUCUCAGGUAUCAAAUGUUCUUGGCACAAGACUCCACAUUGAGUUAUAAAGCUUGAAGUCCUUAUUGCCCA